CAAAACCACGCCGUGUGGCUGUGCUUUGGUGAUUUUGGAGAGAAUGCGGAUUAGAGGAAGCGCCUGUGCUUAGCCUGCCUCAGUUUCCCCUUUCGACUCGGCCACUCCUUCCUUCUGCAGAGCUCAUCAGCCACCUGCACAGCCCCCCUCCCUUUCUAUAGGUCUAAUCUUCAGCAUGCUGGCCAUCUACCAAGCCAUGUGGAAAUGAGUUGGCAUCAUGGAAUCCUAAAUUCAUGUCUGGUCUUCCUUUUGCUGCUAUCAUUUUCCACAUCAUCUGAGCCAGGCAAGGGUUGCAUCUUUGAAGACGUUCCUAUCGAUACGAGCAAUUUUUCACCUCUAGUUGCAAAUCUGAAGAAAUUACUGCUCUUGGAUUAUCCAGUACCGGUGCCAAUCAACCUGAAACAGGACAAAUUCUGCAAGGAGUUAUGGCAAAUUCAUCUCAUCGACCAAAAACUCAACCACAUGAUCAAUGUAUCUGGGAGCACAUUGAAGGAAAACAUCACAGAGCUAAAAUGUCACACAAAAUUUGUUAAGGAGUGUGACAUUAACGACAGUUGUGCUAAAUUCAUCACGACCAACAUCUCCGAGUUCCUUGAGCCCAUCCCCUCCUAUCUCAGCGACCUGAGAGAUAAGAUGGAUAAAUAUAUAGAUGAAGGUGUUCCUUUGAACUUCAGCAAUUGCACCAUUAUUCAUUGCCAGCCAGAGCUGUCUCCCCCUCCAGCCCUCCAAGUCACGGCACCAAAGCAAACACCAGAUCACGACUCCCAACACGACGACGCCUUCAGAAAAUCCCAUUGGGUGCUGCUUGCAGUUCUAGUUUUCAUGCUUGUUGUUCUCCUGAUUUUGAUACUUCUGCAAAAAAGAUCACGGGAGAGAUCUCAGAGGUAUGAGGAAAGAGAACUUGAACUUAUGGAGGUCUGAACAUGAACUGAUGUUGCUGUGGAUGUCAUCUUCAGAGGCAAGAUGGGACAAUCACCACCAGCAACAAAGUCCAAACCUGCAGAACACAAA